AGUUGCUCAAGAAUUUGCAAAGUGAGUGGCCGAAAUGCUGCUGGUGUGGAGGAAUUGUCUCAGUGCCAAUCAAUUGAGGUGCUUCUCAGCUCAGGUGCAAAGGGCCACAGCGUCAAGCUUCAACGAUGAGGCUUUCGAUGAGAGUUGGAAGACGGCCAAGCCCUAUGACAGCAUUCCUGGCCCAUCGACUCUGGGCUUGAUCAGGAAUUUUCUUCCAGGCGGCAGAUUCAGUUCCAUAGGAAUGCCAGAGGUGCACCGCAUCAUGAAGAAGGAAUUCGGGCAUAUUUACAAGUUCAAUGGCACUUUCGGGAAGCGUGAUAUUGUUGUGGUGAAUGAUCCCAAGGAUUUUGAGAUUGUCUACCGAACUGAGGGCAAUUUCCCGAUGCGCAGAGGUCUAGACUGUCUGACGUACUAUCGAAAGGUGCACCGAAAGGACAAAUAUCCCAUAUCGAUGGGCUUAGUCAGCGAGCAGGGCCAAGGAUGGUGGGAUCUGCGGCACAAAGUCAACGGCGUGAUGAUGAAGCCACAAGUCACAAAAGGCUACACAUCAGCUGUUGACGAAGUGACGAGAGAUUUCGUGAAGAAACUAAACAACACGAGAGACGUGAAUUUGGAAACACCAGCAAAUUUUGUCUAUCAAUUGAAUAUCUGGGCGCUUGAGUCGAUUUCCUACAUCACAAUGGACAUGCGAUUGGGUUUGUUGACUGAGAAACCAGAUCCGAAUGUUGACAAACUUAUGCUCGUGCUGAAGGACUUUUUCCAAUUAAUUUAUGAACUUGACUUCCAACCGUCGCUGUGGAAAAUCUACAAGACUCCAAAAUUCAAUAGAUUCAUGGAAAUAAUGGAUUUCAUGCAUGAAGUGAUCGGAAAGUUUGUUGACAAGGGUUUGGAAAAUCUGAAGGAAAUGCACGUGAGAGGUCAAAGCAAUGCCAGGGAGAAAGGCAUUCUUGAAAAGCUGUACGAGAUCGACAAGGAUAUUGCUGUUCUCAUGGCAUUAGACGCUAUGUUAGCCGGAGUUGACACUACUUCAUCCGGAGUGUUUAUGGUUCUCUACAACUUGGCAACAAAUCAGGAGAAGCAGGAUAUUUUGAGGGAGGAAUUGCUGAAGAUCCUUCCAGAGAAGGACACGCCAUUGACCAAGGAAAAGAUGAGCAACAUGCCUUACUUGAGAGCCUGCGUAAAGGAAGCUCUGAGAGUGACUCCAGUGACGUUGGGGAAUGUUCGAACAACAGGGAGAAACAUUGUCCUGAAGGGAUAUCAAAUUCCUAAGGAAACUGAUGUAUUUAUGCACAAUCAAGCUGUUCAUGAGGAUGAUUAUUACUAUCCUGAUCCCAAUUCUUUUAUCCCUGAACGUUGGCUGCGAUCAGAGGACAAACACGAGAAUUACAAUCCCUUUUCGUAUCUUCCUUUCGGCUUUGGUAGCAGAAUUUGCGUCGGACGAAGACUGGCUGAACUGGAAAUUGAAUCCUUGGUCACGAGAUUGGUGAGAAACUAUCAUCUCGAGUGGCAUUAUCCGCCGCCAGAGAUCAGGACAUCGACCAUUAACAUGCCUCAGGGAGACAUUAGAUUCCGCCUGAGGGACUAUCAGUAAUCUUUAGCAAAUUUCUGCGCAUUCAUGAUGAUGGAAAAUUGUACGCGUUUUCAGACCAAAAAUAAAAACCAAUCUUCACCAACACACGCUU